CUCACAGCGUCGGGUGAGGAGGGGGGAGAUGAAGCUUAAACAGCGCGUGGUGGUGCUGUGUGCCGUGCUCCUCCUGCUCGGCCUCGCCAAGAUCUUCCUGCUGGAUGGAGGCGAGGGCUCGGCCUCCAGCCGCCGGGACCUCCGAGCCUUCCGCAAGAUGGAGGCCAGUCUCUCUCUGUCACGGGGGGCUCGCCUCACCCACACCCUGCAGUCUCCGUGGGAGAUAGCGAGUCAGUGGGUGGGUCCCAGGGAGGUGUACCCAGAGGAGACGCCUGAGCUUGCGGCGGUGCUUACGUCACUGAGUACAGCGAGAAUCGAGCGGGCCGAUGUUGGCUACAAGGGGACGCAGCUGAAAGCCCUGCUGGUGCUGGACGGGGGUCAGAAGGUCGUCUUCAAACCCAAGAGGUAUAACAGAGACUACGUGGUGGAGGGCGAGCCAUACGCAGGCUACGACAGACACAACGCUGAGGUGGCUGCUUUUCACCUGGACAGGAUCCUGGGCUUCAGGAGAGCGCCUCUAGUGGUGGGGAGGUAUGUUAACCUACGGACAGAGAUGAAACCUGUGGCCACCGAGCAGCUGCUGAGCACCUUUCUAAUGCAGGGUAACAACACCUGCUUCUACGGGAAGUGUUAUUACUGUCGGGAGAGCGAGCCGGCAUGUGCGGACGGAGAGAUAAUGGAGGGCUCUUUAACCCUUUGGCUGCCGGAUGUGUGGCCGCUGCAGAAACACAGACACCCUUGGGGACGCACAUACAGGGAGGGCAAGCUGGCCAGGUGGGAGUAUGACGAGAGUUACUGCGAGGCGGUGAAAAAGAUGCCUCCGUAUGACGCCGGCCCGCGGUUGCUUGACGUCAUUGACACGGCCAUCUUUGAUUACCUCAUCGGAAACGCCGACCGACAUCACUACGAGAGUUUCCAGGACGACGGCGGAGCAAGCAUGCUCAUCCUGCUCGACAACGCUAAGAGUUUUGGAAACCCAGCGCUGGACGAGCGCAGCAUCCUCGCCCCCCUCUACCAGUGCUGCAUGGUACGAGUGUCCACCUGGAACAGGUUGAACCUGCUGAGGGGCGGUGCUCUGAGCUCAGCGAUGCGUCAGGCUCUGGGGUUCGAAGCCAUCCAGCCGGUCCUGUCCGAGCCUCAUCUUGCCGCUCUGGACCGCCGUCUGUCUGGUAUCAUAGCAACAGUGAAGCAGUGUAUGGAGAGCCAGGGCCCUGACAACACGCUGAUUGAGGACCGCAUUUACAACCUCCCCCACCCCUAAAGAGACAUGGGACGGGGGAGAAUGAGGGGAGGAACAGAUGGAUUCACCUGGUUAUAAAUGACACUACACUUGAUCUUAGCCACAAGGCUGAGAAGGGAUUGAACGCCAAUGUCAGGCUGCUCCAUGGACUCUCUCUGAUGUUGGACGGCUUCAUGGAUUCUGUUUCCUGAUGUUGGAUGGCGCUGUGGAUUCUGUCUCCAUAGUUGGACUUCUCUGUGGAUUCUUUAAGACGGGACCGAGGAUUCUUUGUCCAAUGUCGUACCGCUCCGUGGAGCCUGUAUCUGAGGACUGCUGUACAUAGAGGACAGAAUCUGGCCCCACCCCCUGCGGCGUCAAACUGUUUACGAACAUAAAAACUGAAGAGUUCGACUUUGAUGAAUGAAAUAAAUUAAAUCCAGAUUAAAUUAAAACAUUUUUUUCCUCCUGAACUCAAAGUGAACUCUGAUUGGAGCAAAGACGAGCUCCGUGGCUGUACAGAUUAAUCUCCAUGGUGACUAAAAUAAACAUCUGUGGGUUAUAAAGAGUAAAACAUGAGAGAGAGAGUGAGUGUGUGUGUGGGUGUGUGAGUGGGUGAGUGUGCCAUAUUGUGCCAUAUAUAAGAAGCUACUGAUGUGACAGACUUGAAGGGGGGGUUCAUGUUCAUCAUUAAACUCUAAUGUAUUU